CACUUCUGAUAACAGUCCGCCUUGCACCGCCGUGGAAUACUGUGCCCUAGUUGUGAAAUGUUAAUAUAUUUUUAGUGUUGGUGUAAAUGCAAAUGUUAUAGUUAUGGCCUAUCCUAUGUAUGAAGUGGAUUGGAGUGUAUUACCGCCAGAACAAAACAGAAGGUUUAACCCGGCGUUUAAUAUUGCUACCAUAAAGCAAGUGGUAAAUGAGGCCAUAGAAAGAGUCGCGCCGGUUUCAGUGCGGAUGCCCACUCCCACUCGGCUGCGGGACCUCAUCCGUCAGAUCAGGGCCGCCAGGACCGCGGCCGAAGAGCGAAGCGUGGUCAACAAGGAGUGCGCGUAUAUCAGGUCCACCUUCAGGGAAGAGGACAGCGUUUGGAGAUGCCGGAACAUCGCGAAGCUGUUAUACAUCCACAUGCUGGGCUACCCGGCCCACUUUGGGCAGCUGGAGUGUUUGAAACUGAUCGCCAGUCCACGGUUCACCGACAAGCGAGUGGGAUACCUGGGCGCCAUGCUGCUGUUGGAUGAACGCCAAGAUGUGCACCUACUCAUCACCAACAGCCUGAAGAAUGACCUCAACAGCAACACUCAAUUCGUAGUGGGUCUAGCGUUAUGCACGCUAGGCGCCAUUGCGUCACCAGAAAUGGCGCGAGACCUCGCAUCCGAAGUAGAGAGACUGAUCAAGUCUCCAAACGCUUACAUCAAGAAGAAGGCAGCCUUGUGCGCCUUCCGCAUCAUCAGGAGGGUGCCGGAUCUAAUGGAGAUGUUCUUACCGGCUACGAGAAGUCUGCUGACGGAGAAGAACCAUGGUGUUCUUAUCACUGGCGUUACGCUCAUCACCGAGAUGUGUGAAAACAGCCCAGACACACUCAACCACUUCAAAAAGAUUGUCCCGAACUUGGUGAGGAUAUUGAAGAACCUGAUUUUGGCGGGGUAUUCGCCCGAGCAUGACGUCAGCGGAGUGUCGGAUCCCUUCCUACAGGUGAAAAUCCUGCGCCUCCUCCGGAUACUGGGCAAAAACGACGCCGAAGCGUCCGAGGCUAUGAACGACAUCCUCGCCCAAGUUGCCACCAAUACGGAGACCACCAAAAACGUUGGCAACACCAUCCUCUACGAGACAGUCCUGUCUAUAAUGGACAUCAAAUCCGAGAGCAGUCUUAGAGUGCUCGCUGUCAAUAUCCUGGGAAGAUUCCUGCUAAAUAAUGACAAGAAUAUCAGAUACGUCGCCCUGAAUACUCUGCUGAGGACAGUGCAUGUGGAUACGUCAGCUGUGCAGAGGCAUCGGACGACGAUAUUAGAGUGUUUGAAGGAUCCCGACGUAUCUAUCCGAAGACGCGCGAUGGAGCUAUCCUUCGCGCUGAUCAACGGCCAGAACAUCCGCAGCAUGAUGAAGGAACUGCUUCUGUUCCUGGAGCGCUCGGAGCCCGAGUUCAAGGCGCACUGCUCCAGCGCCAUGGUGCUGGCCGCCGAGCGCCACGCGCCCAGCAACAAGUGGCACCUGGACGCGCUGUGCAAGGUGUUCCUCAAGGCGGGAAACUACCUCCGCGACGAUACUGUCUCCAGUACAAUCCAGAUCAUUUCGUCGUCGCCAGCGGAGCGUCAGGCCUACGCCGCCAUGCGUCUCUGGACUUCCCUCGAGCGCUCAGCCGUCUCCGGAGACGCUACGGAGAAGCAGCCUUUGGUGCAGGUCGCAGCGUGGACGAUCGGCGAGUACGGAGAUUUAUUAGUAUCAGAAGCGAGUAAUGCUAUUUCAAUGGUCGAUGAAGAUGGUGUUGACGACUUCACGCGGCCGUCCGAGGAAUACGUCAUCGACGUGUACCAGAAGCUUCUCUGGUGCACGCAGCUGUCCAUCACCACCAAGGAAUACCUGCUGUUGUCGCUCGCCAAGCUGUCCACCAGGUUCACCACGCAGCCCAGCCAAGACAAAAUACGAGUGAUCAUUGACACAUUCGGAUCUCACAUCCACGUCGAGUUGCAGCAACGAGGAGUGGAGCUCUCGCAGUUAUACAGACAAUACGCGCACCUACGGCCUGCUCUUUUGGAGCGCAUGCCGGCGCUGGAGGCGCCGCCCGAGCGCCGCGACGCCGACGCCGAGCCCGAGCCCGCCGCCAGCCCCGACCACCACAAGCCCGAGCAGGACGCGUUGCUGGACCUGAUCAUCGGCUCGGACCCGCUGACCAACGGCGACGUGGAGCCCGCGCCCGUGCCCGCCAAUAACAACACCUCCAGCAACGAUAUCCUGGACUUGCUAAGCGGGCUGGACUUGUCUGCGCCGGCGCCAACUGUCAACAACAACCUGCCUCCUUCCAGCAUGCUGCUGGACGGACUGUUCGCCAGUACUCCCGCUGUGGACGCCGCGCCGCAAGCGGCGCUGCCAACAGUAACGGCCCUAGACAAGGGCGGGCUUCGCGUGGAGUUAGCGUGCGCACGCGGCUCCGACGGCGUGACGCUGACCAUGCGAGCCGCCUCCACGCGCACGCUCACCGACUUCCUGUUCCAGGCCGCCGUGCCCAGGGCAUUCCGUUUGGACAUGAUGUCGCCAUCGGGUACAGUUUUGUCGCCGCUCGGUGAAAUCACGCAGGUCCUCAAAAUAGCUAAUCCAACGAGGGCACCCCUCAGACUGCGGAUACGCGUAUCCUACAACGUCGACGGCAGCCCGGUGCUGGAGCAAGCGGAGGUCAGCAACUUUCCGGCGGAGCUGUUUAACUGACGCGCGGCCCGCCCGCCCGCCUACGGCCUGUAGGCGGCCCCCCGCGGCCUGGGGGCGGCCCCCCGCGGCCUGGAGGAGGCCCCCCGCGGCCCGGAGGAGGCCCCCCGCGGCCCGGAGGAGGCCCCCCGCGGCCUAAAGGCGGCCCCCCGCGGCGACGGACCGAGUGAACAGUGCAGUGUUGCCAGUGAUGUGUCGCGCCCGUGAAAAUAUAGAUGACCUACGCUGAACUGUCCCACCAAACUCAAUGACAGGGGGGCGCUACCAUCGUUCAACUAUAUGGUUCCCAACAUGGCAAAAAUCGGAUCCAGCGAUCCGGUAUUGACGGUGGCGCCCCACUGUCAAUGUCAUGGAUAGGACAGUUCUGUAUUUUGGAACUAUACGUCAUAAUCUACAUUUAUUUAUUAUCUGUAUCAUCACUACACAGAUUAUGUCACGCCACAGAUUAAUAAAGUUUUUAAAUCUAGCAAUACAAAACCAAGUUUGGUGUCAGGAUUGUGACUCAUUUUCAAGGCAACAUGGUAUGCAAUACUAAUGUCUAAUAUGAACGGAACAUCGCGUCAAUUCUAAAAGCUGUAGUUUUAUUUGAGGAGUGUUUUCUUGUAACUCGCAAUUCACAGUUUGUUUUAAAAAGGCUUCUUUGAGAGGUUGAGCGCAACGAGAGAUUCUUUUGCUAUAUGUGAUAUUGACUUAGCAAUACAAAGAUACAGCAGGUUUAAAAUAGUGAUCCAAUAUUUUUCAGAAUGAUCUACUUGAUGUUUGGCUAAUUUUCUCUAAGACUGACAACUCGGUAUAACUUUGGUCUAAUAUGUGAUGUACAAACGCUCACGGCUGCCACAGCUUUUGGCUAUAACGUCUACUUAUUGAGAUUUCUAAAAACAUUCCACUAAUUUAAUAAAUUUUAUUUCGGCACAUCUUUGAUGGAGCGAUAGUUGAUAAAUUACAUAUGAAUUUUAAAUAUCACCUAAUGUUAACCGCAUGUGUUUUCUUUUUAACUCUAAUUUCUUGAAUCUUAUUUCAGUAUUUUUCCUAAUUUUUUGUGAUAGUCUUUUCCCAGUUUUAAAGCUGAAUGUAAAAUACCUGUCUUGGCAGCUUGUAAAAUAUGUCCAAUCAUUUUCUUUUAUCAAUUAUUCUUGUAACCAGAGUGUACAUAAAGUUUUAUAGCCACUAGACAUCUUUGUAUUUACUCAAAAUUAUUUCUAAAGUUGUCGGACGUCCUAACAUCGGAAA